ACAGUGUUGACAUUAUUCGAGUGUUAUAAUAGUGAUAGUGUAUUAUCGUGUUUGUUUUUAAUUAUCUAUAUAAAUAUAAUAUAUUUAUUGUUGACGUGAUUUGUCGUUAUUUUCAUUCGUUAAGAUAAUUAAUACACAUUGUCUAUACUUUACAAUAUCAAAUAAUAUUUUCUCGUUCAUCAUGUCUAACAACCGUAAUAAAUAUGAAAAAGCACGAAGAAGACUAGCUGCAGUUACUUUUUUAUCAAAUAUUUCGCUAGAUGGUAGCUUCAAAGAUCCAGAAAUAACUAAAGUAAUAGAUAAAUCAUCUAAUAAUGAUAAACCAGACUCGCCUUAUAAACCUGUUGAUACAUACACUGAUAAAGAUGUUUCUUUACGUGAUGGUAUCCGCAAUAAAAACAAAGUUCCUCAAUCGAGCCCCAUUCGUUUCGGUGCUGAUAAUCAUUCUGUUAGUUCUGACUCUGAACAUGCUACAAUUACUCCAGUUAAGGGAGUUGUAACACAAUCAUUCAGAGAAAGAUGUUCUUCAGGAAAUAUGGAUUCAUUUAAGGAAAGACAUUCAUCUCGCAUAAAAAAGAAUCAUAUUGUAUCUGUUGGUGGUAUCAACACAGAUGAGAAGAGUAGCUCAGAGAGCUUAAACUUUGGUCGUUUUCGCACAAGUUCCACUUGUAUACCUGAAACUCGUGCAUUAACAAAGGAAGUUAGACUUAUACAUCCCACUAAAGGAAUAUCAUUUAGAGAUGAAAGGCUUGUUUUUGCUCCCUCUCAAGGAGUUCCCUGUGUUGUAUUUAGUACUAUACCAUAUUCAAAAACAAUUCGAAGUGCACGUUCAGACAUCCGUAAAGAUGGUGUUCGUAGACGAAAUACUUCUGGACCAAGACCUCUCUCAUCAAUUACGGACAAUGGUGUUGAUCCAUUCGAUCUUCUUGGAUUGGAGAAAGAAGAAAAUGGUCAAGAUAUAUCCUAUUCCAAAUUAUUGGUGCCCUCUAGAAUUUAUACAAGAGAACAAUAUAGAAAAAUGUAUGAAGGGGAUUUCAAUGACAAAGCCAAUUGGAAAAUCUUGAAUCGUCAUCCACAUGUAAUAGCUAGGACUAAGUUAUUGACGAGACACAAGGAUAAAAAAUGGUGCUUCUCAUAUGAAUCAUCACAAAGAACCAACGUAGCAACAUCGCCACCUCACUCUUCUAUCGAAAUGAAGACAUUCGAUUGGGACGAAGCAUCCCUAUUGGCGCAAAAAUAUGUACAAUACUGUCCAAAUGUACUAGACGAUCCAGAAUUGAUCGCGGGCAAGCAUCGUACCCUGCUUACAUUUACAUCGUAUAUGACAUCUAUUAUAGACUACGUACGGCCCCAAGACCUGAAAAAGGAAUUAAAUGAUAAAUUUAGGGAGAAAUUCCCACACAUCAAAUUAACUCUUAGCAAAUUGCGAAGUAUUAAAAAGGAAAUGCGUAAGAUAGCCAAACAUGACAGUGGUGGCAUUGAUUUACUAUCUGUAGCUCAAGCGUACGUGUAUUUUGAAAAACUAAUUUUGGCUAAUCUAAUUAAUAAAGACAAUAGAAAACUAUGCGCUGGAGCUUGUUUGUUACUUUCCGCUAAACUUAACGAUGUUAAAGGAGAAAUGUUAAAAGCACUUAUUGAGCGUAUAGAAACAACGUUUAGAGUGAAUCGAAAGGAUCUCAUGAAAUGUGAAUUUGCUGUUCUCGUGGCUUUGGAGUUUGGAUUGCAUGUUCCCCCUUACGAAGUGUUUCCUCAUUAUCAGCGAUUGCUACACGAUUCGUGACCCUGGCGCAGACUGGCUUUGGAGCCAUGCAUACGAGUCUGUCAUAGACGGCGUUCGAGCAUUGUCGACAAUUUCAGAGCAAGUGCCUGGAUGUAAAAUUAUGUUUCUUUAUUACUUAACUAUAAUAGUGCAGGUAAGUUUCUGAUUGUAUUAUAGGUAUUUUGCUGCAUCUUUUUUUUAUAUAAAUAAUUUUACGAAUAUCAUUUGCACUGCAUGUGACAACGAAAUAAUCUUAAAAUUAUUUAAAUACAUAUCUAUAAUUGUUUAGGGCUCGUAACUUUUGGCUGUCACUAAGUAUUGUUAUGCUUAUGAAAUCGUCGAGAUGUAAAAGCAUUGACGAGACGUCUAGUCCUUGGUUGUAAGUACCUACUAUAGUAAAUAAUGUGUAGUACCAUUUUUACGGUUAGUGUCACCCUAACUCUUAUUAUAUAAAUGUGGUAGCAAAAUUAUAAUUUCAUUUAAAAUUGUGAACAUUUAUAUUUGGUAAAUGGUAUUAAAAAUUUUACAACCAAAGAAAGCCAUUGCGAAUUAUGUGACGUGAGUCACAAUUAUUUAUUAUUAAAUAUGAUAACUUAUUCUAAUGUUAAGCUACACGGAUCCAAUAAUAAUCGUACGAGUAUUCUAAUACACAUAUCGUAAAUAUGAGUUAUUAUGCAUUAUUGAAGUGUCAAAAUUUAUAGCAGAGGUAAAAAAAUAUAUUUUUGUUAAAUUUUCAGUUACUUAAUUAUUUUGAAAAGAAAAAUGGAAACAAAAGAAAUUUAACAGUCAUUAAAAUUUUGAUCCUUGUGUUAAUAUGGGUGGCAUAGUUAUAUUUAUGUCGUUUGUCAACCUGUGUUUCUUUGGUGAAAAUCAUCAUUUAUAUUCAUUAGCAGAACACUCCCUUAAAAAGAUGCUAAUGUUUUUAUUUUACCAUGUGUUUAUCGCCUCAUCGAUUUAUUUUGGUUCAUAUUGUUAUCGUUAUUUUAAUAGUAGUAGGUACUUUUUGGUGAUAAACUUGCCACGCGGAUUUUAAUAAUAAUGCAUAGGAAAUUGGGCUUGAGCUUAUAUUAUCAAAAGUAAUGUCAUCUAGUCACAUAUAUUUUUAUUCGUUUUAAGUUAUUUCUGCAGUAUAAUUCAAAUAUAAAAUCUACUAUUGUUCGUAAGUUUUUUUAAUGUACCAUGUAUAACUUAUACAUUCUUUUAUUUAAUUAAAAUUAUUUAUAAAAAAUUAGUCAAUAAAAAUGUUUUUAUUAUCGGUAAGAUUGUAUCUUAUGUUUAGGAUGAGUUUGACGACUAACGAUUUCGAUACUAGAUAAUCGAUAUUGCUUUUGGUUAAUUAGUAGAUACACAUUAUAGAUCGGUUUUGAUUUGCAAAUCGUAAAAAUAUGUUUUGAAAAAUAUUUUAAAAAUUUGUUGUUGUAGUAACUUAAUUUUUAAAUACUAAUUACAAUUAAUAUAAUAGUUAAAUAGUGUUUUAUGUAUGCCAAUGCCCCAACUAAUUAUUAAGUAACCAAUUAAAAUUACAUUAAAUAAUGUACCACCGUAGCCCCCAUGUGACUUUGUAUUACAAAUAUUGAAUUUAUUUUGUGUCACAAAAUAAUAUUGUAAGAAAAGUGUUAAAUUUUAGUAUUAGAUUCACUAUUGUUAUAUGUAUAUAGUUUAUAGUGACUGUGCCUACGCUCUAUAAAUUUCUAAAAUAUCUAUAGCAAAAAUGAAUUAAUUAAUGUUAACUAUAACAGGUAAAAAUAAAUAUUUGAAUUUGUUUUUAUAGUCGCUUAAAAUUGACUCGAAUGAUAUCUAUCUUGUUUCCCAAACACGUGGCAAUCGAAUCUAUCGGUAAAAUUGUUUCGGUUAGGGCUUACUUGAGAAAGGACAAGGCACUGGUCACAGUCAUCUCAUGCUAUGUUAUGGACUCGCUAAGCAUAAUGAUGUUAUUAAUAGAUUCGUCUGUCACUUGUUUAGGGGUCAUGAAUUGUGACUACAGGGUGAAAUCAAAAUCGUUAGCAUACUUUGGAUGGAGUGGUCAGCCAGUAAAAGAGCGAAGCAAACGAGUAUUUUCGCCUAAGAAAUAUGGCCGUAAAACGACGAACAAAAUAAUUUUGAGCCUCCCACAACCAACAAGACGAUUUUAGCUUUAGAGUUAAUAUUAUCAUCAUUAUAUCAGCUAUUAUCUGUUCACUGCUGAACAUAGGCCUCUGUCAAAGACUGUCAUAAGGAAUGAUGACAAAUCACCUGCAUCCACUAAUUCCCAGCGAUGCAUAGUUAGUAUGGGGGACUAAAAAUUAUUUGUCCUAAUUCAAUUUUUAAAUUCACAAUAUUUCUGCCCUAAUUUAUUCUAUAAUAACAUUGAUAGAUUUUUAGUUUUAUGUACCGCUAACGAUUUAAAUUUUACCUUGUAUGUUAUUUAAAAUUGUUUUGAGUUCAACAACAUAUAUUUGUAGUAUUACUUUAGUGUUAAAGUCUGUAUACAAUCGGCGUAGAGCAACUUAUUAAAAACAACAGGACUGGCAACUUACAAGCGUACUAAAGGCAUCAUAAUCUAUUCAGUGAUUUCUAUGGUGCUGUUCAUAUCUAUAGGUAACUUUUUAAUAGUUGGACUAUUUGCCUGUUUGCCAUUCCAAAUGGUAAAAAUAAAAAAAAAUCUCUCUUAUUUUGCACUACAUACUUACGAGUAUAAUGAAGUGCUAUAUAAUUGUAUUAUAUUGAUGUGCCGUUUAAAAAAAUUGAAUUUAAAAUAAAGAGAAUAUCGAAAAUAAUAUUUAUCUAAUAUACUUUUAUAAGUAGAAGGCUGUAGUACACAUAUGUGUAAAAUAUUUGUGUAGGUACUUAUGAUUAUUUAACCGAAUACUAGAACUUCGAAACUCGGUUCAGAAUUGACGAAGAUACCACGUAACGUAAACACGAAAUAAAAAAAAAUAUAUUUGAAUUAAGAAUUUUUUCAUUUUUGAAGUCUUUAAAAAGAUAAACUAAUUACCUUUAUUAAUAUUAUAAUAGCACCUAAACGUCUUAACCAAUCACUAUGAAAAUUCGUAUACACAUAUUAUAUGCGAUAGAGAUGGAUACAAACUACUUUUUAUUGCGGUCAGUGAAUAUAUUCCGGUCACGUGAACGCAUAUAUGCUAGUAUUUUCAUAAUUAGAUUCCAAUUCAGCCUCGUUAGAUAAAUCGAAUACAAAUUUAACAACAGAUACAUUAUUGCUUAUGUGUGCAUAUGAUGGACCGUGAUAGCUUUAUCUAGUGGCGUUUGGUUCGUUCUCCUGCAUACAAUAACAAAAAUGUAUCUGGUGAUAAAUUCGUUCGCUACUUUUAUUAUAGAGACUAGAUAUCAUGUAGCUUAGAAAGGUUACACAGGCUACGUGUAAGACCAUAGGCGUAUUUAGACGAGGACCAGGGUGGGCCGUGUCCACUCCAGAAUUGGUUGAUACCCUUUUUUUAAAGGCCACGCCUCUCCCCCCUUGAAAAUAAUUUUAAAUACACUAAUGAACAAAGCCGCAAUGAUGUUGAUCUAAAUUGAGAGUGAUUCUGUGUUAUGUACGAAAGUCUAAAUACUAUUGCUCAAAAGAAAUAUGACAACGAUUAUAGAUAAAAUAAUUUUUAAAAUAGUAAUUUGAUCACUUAUUUAUUUUCUGUAUAAGAUUUGAAAUUCACAUAAAAAAAAUGUCAUUUGCAACUAUUAAACAGAUAAUAAAUAAUCGUUGUUGUUUUAGUACUUAUUUGGGAAUAUGUUUAAUGUUCCUUAGAUUAUUGAGCAUAAUAACGAUUAAAUUUUAAGGCAAUGUUUAUAUAUUAUAAGGAAUUCGUUACUGUAAUACCUGUAUUGUGUGAAAUAUCAUGCUUGUGUAAAUUAUAUAUUACUGCUUGACCGGAACUGACGGUAAAUAUAAGUUUAGUGAAAUUUUCUGUAAAUAAACAAUGAUGAAUUAAUGA